CCGUCUCUGCCUCUCACAAGACGGAGCGGUGAGCAGUCAGAGCACAACAAGCCGAGUGCUGCCUGCUUGCACACCGACCCGAACAGCUCGUCUUCACCCGCACACUGUGUCGAGGUGGAAGCCGGGGCCCCGUCGACUCUCCUGACCCGCCCGUGUUCACCAAACCCCUGUUGGAGGACGAAAACUACGACGACAUUUUCGGCUGCCAGGAGGACACCUGCCUGCCCGCCGAGCACCAUGAGGCUCCCCGCCCUGCUGAUAACCUUCACCGCGCUGCUGCUGCAGACGUCGACGCCGCCCGGCUCCUGUCACCCGGCACCCGCCUGGCGGCAGCAGGGGCCGGUGUUCGUGGAGCAGCUCGGCCGGCCUGAGGUCGGGUUCAGCUGGAGGAACGUCUCCUGCCCCUUGUGCAAAGCUGUCUUCACCAUCCUGGACAUCGCCCUGCUGAGUGACACAAAUGAAGAGCGAGUGGCGCAGGCGGUAGGCGAGGCGUGUAUCCGUCUCCAUCUGGCUGACGAGCUGGUGUGUCGCGAACUAAUCUCGUUGUUCAGGGACGACUUUAUCCGGGCUCUGCAGCAGUCCCUCCUUUGGCCCUCUGAAGCAUGCGCUCUGCUGGUGGGGCCUUCCUGUGGCAAAUUUGACAUCUACGCACCCUGGAACGUCACCCUGCCGAAGGCCCCAAAGCCCCCCGUGACACCACCCUCUCCUCCCAAACCUGGCUCUCCACAGAGCAGGGUCCUGUUUCUAACUGACAUCCACUGGGACCAGGACUAUCUUGCCGGCAGCGCUGCAGACUGCAAGGCCCCUCUGUGUUGCCGUAAAGAUUCUGGUUCUCCCAGCUGGAAGCGGAGGGAGGCUGGCUACUGGGGAACCUACAGUAAGUGUGACCUGCCUCUGCGGACGGUGGAGAACCUCCUGGAGAACGUUGCCGCAGCCGGACCCUGGGACUGGGUCUACUGGACCGGAGACAUACCGGCGCACAAUGUUUGGUCUCAGACCAGGAAACAGCAGCUGUCGGAGCUUUCCGUCAUCUCCAGGCUCAUCCACAAGCACCUGGGACCUCACGUGACGGUUUACCCCGCCAUAGGGAACCACGAGAGCACACCUGUGAACAGCUUCCCACCGCCUUUUGUUCACGGCAACAGAUCAAGCGCCUGGCUGUACGACACAAUGGCAGAGGAAUGGUCACCGUGGCUGUCAGAGCAGGCUUUGAAGACACUGAGAUAUGGAGGAUUCUACACGAUGGAGAUUCAGCCCGGUCUAAGAGUGGUCUCCCUCAACAUGAACUUCUGCGCUCGAGAAAACUUCUGGCUGAUGGUGAACUCCACCGAUCCCGCUAACCAGCUGCAGUGGCUGGUCCAUACUCUCCAGGCCAGCGAGGACAAAGGAGAGAAGGUACAUAUCAUCGGUCACAUCCCACCUGGACUGUGUCUUGGCAGCUGGAGCUGGAACUACUAUCACAUUGUCAACAGGUAUGAAAGCACAAUUGUUGGACAGUUUUUUGGUCAUACGCAUCUGGAUGAGUUUCAGAUGUUUUAUGACGAGGUGACCAUGACACGGCCACUGGGAGUGGCUUUCAUUGCUCCCAGUGUCACUACUUAUAUUAAUCUUAACCCAGGUUAUCGCGUCUACUAUGUGGAUGGGAACUACCAAGGAAGCUCUCGGCUGGUGCUCGACCACGAAACCUACAUCCUGAACCUCACGGAGGUAAACCACAAGCCAGAAGUGCCAAAUACCCCAGAACAGAACCCCAAAUGGACACUAUUGUAUCGUGCCACCAAGGCCUACGGUCUGACCAGCCUCUUCCCUUCCAACUGCGACGGGCUCAUGCAGACCUUUGUCAAAGAUGACCAAGCCUUCCAGAAGUUCUGGUAUUUCAGACAUAAAGGACACGUGUCGGAGCCCUGUCAGGAGACAUGCAAAACUUCAGUGCUCUGCUUUCUGCGUAGUGGGCGGUACGAAGAGCUGGAGCAGUGCGACCUCCUCAAUGGUUAUAGAGGAAAUUUGGCCCAAGCUGCCAGAAAAACCCUUUGUUGACCUUAAGUGUGGACUGAAUAUCUGGGUGGCGGGAGGGUGGGGAUCCAAUGACCAAAUAUGAAAUUGAGCUGAAAAGUAUGUGCUGUUGCUGGUUGGUCAAAGAGGACUGUUCUGUUGAGUUCUGUUCUGCCUUUUUGUUGUCAAAGCAAAGACAUCGGAUUGUGAUUUGUAGCAUGCCUUGGGAUUGUCAACCGCUGUUUUUGUAAUGACAUUUAUGUAAAGACCACUCGAAACUGUUCUGAAAGAUGUUGUGCAGUUCUGCUGUACUGGGUGCCUUGUAUCAGGGAGGAUAUUCAACUAAUCCAUACUUCACAAUAAUGCUAAAAUGUUCUGCUGAGGAAUAGCUCAGACCUGAUGGCGAAAUCCUUCUCUGUGUCAGUGACCAUGAGCAUUUUCAGGAUAGGCUUUAUAAAAUCCCAAAGUUUUCAUCAGAUUGUGAUACAUUGUGGAAAGUUUACUUUAAAAUCAGCAAACCAUCUGUCUUUUUCACCUGUCCCGCCAGGCAAUGUGAACUUUUGUGAGCUUUUGCUGGGAUUUGAGGAUGGUAAUUUAAUGACUCUGGUGGAUUUACAGACCUCAAGCCGUCACUUCUCAGGUUGGAGCUUUACAGAGUUGCUACAGGGUGCACUGUCAUCACUUAUAAUAGUCCUUGGGUCAGUUUGAAUGUGAGGAUUUAGGUCAGUUUGUAAAGUAUCUACCUUAAUGCGCCGGACUAUCCGCUUCAGCAAAAAGAGGCUGGCAAAGCUGAAUGACUAACAGUAUUGUAAAUCUGCACUUUAAUUCUUUGUUUGGCUAGUUCACUUUUAGGUUUAAUAGAAACAAACUUCAUAGAGCAGACCCCAAAGUGUGAUGAGCACAGGAUGAGUUUGAGAUCUUGAUCUAUAAGACCUGCGGUGAAACAUGAGCAUGACAAGUAAUGCAACUUGUAAAAUGAGCUAUAAUUUACACACUGUAUAAAUUGUGAAUAAAGGAUGAAAUCUGA